AUGGGCGAGCGAACAGCCGGCCAAAAUGUGGUUCUCAAUGGGCACGCAUUGGAGAUGCAAGGCAUUAUCGACCACACUGUAUUCAGUCUAUUUGAAAAGCUCAAUAAAGGUAGAAAAAUUCAGGGUCUGACUACUUCAAUGGUAAACACAGCGGUUGAAGCGAACGAUUCGCUGCACACAGUGCUCUCACGUUAUUUCGCAUUGGCAUACGGAUCCGACCAGAUGGCUAAUACAGAGCCAAUUGGAUUUUUCCUCCGAUUCAAGUUGUCAUCAGGAUACCGUGAACAAAUCGACAACCCCACAACAAGUACAAUGACGUUUUUCGUCUUGACCGGGGCUGAGUCACUUGCCGUAGUCCUGAGUAAACCAGAAAUGGCCGAUGAACAAACAAACGGAAUAAUUUCGCUUUACGAGCUCAUUAAUCAGUUGGCUUCAGGUCCGCCAGGAAAGCGAGAGUUUCCUAAUUAUGGCCUUUCUGUCCUAACCCGUCUAUUGUCGGAAGAGUUGGGCGGGAAUUGUUUUACCCGAGUGCUGUUUAGUAUCCCCGCUCAGCCUGAACCGACAGUUCAUGCGGUACUGGUUCACAUGGCUUCGCGUCUGAACCGGAUCGUGAAUUGCCCAAUAAUGAACGAUAAAGCUGCCCUGCUAUUAGCUGCACGGGCAAGGGAACUAUGCCGACAAGCGGUCGGUGCAACUCAGGGCGCGGUUGAACUGGCUGGUGAAGUUGGCGAAAAUCCGGAAAAUGCUAUUCGCUACACGAACGCGCGCAACCUUCGCCAGUGUGUAGAUGAAUUGACUAGACGACUGGAACAACUGAAUCAAGAAUAUGUGCACGCCACGGACGAACGUGUUCGUGUAUCCAAAAUGUGGAUGACCAGUGAAGAGCAAAACAUUCAGCUGAAUGAGCAGCUUUCAACAGCACAAACGGAGCUACAAGAAUUGCGCUUUAAGAAUGAGGAAUUGGAAUCAAUCACAAACAAAGCGGUAGAAGCUUCAACGCGGUCGAUCGAACUGAAACGUGCCAACGAUCUGCUUAAUGGAUAUUGUACUGAACUGCACUACAAACUAGACGAGCUGCAGAAGGAACUGACUAAUUCGGCCGUUAAAAAUGAGGAACUCAGUCGGGAAUUGUUUCACCAACUUCGGAAACAGAGAAAUUAUCUACAACAAGUAACAAAAGGAUCCAAUUUCACCGAUUGGCAAACAGAUGCGUCUGACGAACUGAAACGGAUCGAAUCUAUGUUUGACCAUCCGCAUACCGUAUCGGACGAGUUGAAACAGAAUGAAAAGUCGAUUAUCCGGGAAUGA